GGGGAAAGUGCCAUUCAUGUGUAAUACAAAUCCUCCACCACUCAGGGUAAAUCCUAUGUCAAAUCCCAUAUCUCCUCCUUUAACUCAAAAUAAUGUUCCACCUCCUGCUCUCCAACAGUCUAAUAAAGAAAUAAUGAGAAUGAUUCAGCAGCACUUGCUGCAACAGCAGAUAGCCCAACAGAUGAUCAGACAGCAAGCUCAAAUUCAGCAAUUAAUAAAUCAGUUAAAGCAAGAAGAAAGUUUUAAUAAUCUUACACCUCAGCAACAACAAAUGGUUGUAACACAGCACUUAAUUGCUCAACAACAACUUCAGAGGUCUACAUCAGGAGCGCUAGGUGAACAACAGAACAUUCUUGAUCUGUUAUCUCGAAAUCAGCUGCCACCUUUAAAUCUUUCUCUUCCUCAGAUGUUAAAAAAUGAUGGUAGUUCUCUCUGGGGUUCUCCUCCAACUGGUUUUCCAGUUUCAUGGCCUUUCAAUGCCAAUAACACCAACCAGACUGGUGGGGGAAGUAUCUGGGAUAUUGAUCCUCAUCAGAAUAGAAUGUUAGAAGAUCUUGAAAAUGAGAGAGAAAGAAAAAAAAAGGAGAAAGAGGAGGAGGAAAGGAGAAAGGCAGAGGAAGAAAAGAGGCGUUUGUUAGAGGAACAGAGAAGAGCUGAAGAAGAAGAAAAACAAAAAAGAGAGGAAGAGAAAAGACGUCAAGAAGAAGAAGAAAGGAGGCGGCAAGAAGAAUUUAAGAAACAAUUUCAGCAUCAGAGACAACUGGAAUUAGAACUGAAAAGAGAAUUAGAAGCUAAAAAAGAAUUAGAAUUACAGAAAGAACGAGAAAGACAAAAAGAGUUGGAGUUAGAACGACAAAAAGAAUUAGAAUGGCAGAAAGAAAUGCAGAAACAGAGACAGCAGGAAGCUCUUCGCAAGUUACAAGAACAGCAAAGAUCUAAACCACAGGCACCUGCUUGGGGGGGUCAGACACCUACAACACAACUGUCUGCUUUAUCAUUAACAGAAAUUCAAAAAUUACAAGAAGAGAAAGAAAAGCAAGAACAGAAUGAGAAACGAUUACAACUACAGCUACAGCAAAUGCAAGUUUUACAACAGACUCAAUCAAACAAAAGUUCACUAACUUGGGCACAGAGAUCUGGUAACUGCAAUGCACCUGUGAAGAGUUUGUUGGAAAUUCAACAGGAGGAAGCACAACGAAUUGCUUGGCAACAGAAACAGUUAAAACAGCAGCAGCAACAACAACAACAACAACAACAACAGCAGCAGCAGCAGCAUACAAAUUUGAAUCUUGGAAAUUCUGGUGUCUGGGGAAAUUCUACAAAUCAGUUACUGCGUUCUACAUCUAAUGCACCAUGGAAUGCCAAUGAUAUUGGAAAUUCUGUUAUGGCAGGAUUUUGGGAUGAUGCAGUAACAGUCAACAACAGCCGUAAAAAUGCUAAAUCUAAUGAUAGUGCCUUUCCUUCUCUGUGUAACAUCGUCCAUCCGGUUAAUGAGACAAGCAAUAAGGCAAAGAUAAUCAAAGCAAAGAAAGAAGAAGAAAAUGUUUUGAAACUUUUUGAGACGCACACUAAACCCACUACUGAUAAGUUUACACAAUGGUGCUUUGACACUCUCUCCAAUCUUCCCGGUCUUUCAGUUGAUGUGCCCACAUUUGUUGUUUUUCUGAAAGAUAUUGAAUCACCAUAUGAGGUUCAUGAUUACGUGAAAUCCUAUUUGGGGGAGAGUAAGGAAGCCAGAGAAUUUGCCAAACAAUUCUUGGAACGUCGUAGCAAAUUUCGCAAUCAGUCUAAGCAAACACCAGCAGAGGAAAAUAUGUGGGGGCCAGCACCUGCCAUUACACCAUCAGUAAAUAAAAGCAGCUCACAACAUGAAUUUGAGUCUGGGGUUGGUGGGGGGAAGGGGAAAAAGAAAAAGAAGAACCGAAUGCAGAAAGUUGAUAAUUCUAUGUUAGGUUUUACUGUUCAGCCAGAUCCAGAUCGUAUUAAUGUGGGUGAAAUAGAUCACAUUGAAGGAAUAUGAUCAACUAAGCAUACUGCCAAGUGUUUUAAGUCACGCAUGAUUGAAAUUAUCUGGUACACUGCAGUUAUUGGAAUAAUGGUGCUUCUUUUGAAUAGAUACCAGACAAAAUGUACAGAGGUUGUUUCUAUUGAAACCACAUGGAAAUUAAUUGUAAAAAUGGGUCAUAGUCUUACAUUUUGUCAAUAAUUAAAUUUAAAAAAAAAAAAA